CUUGAAGUGUGGGCCUACUAAUAUCGGUAUAGUGAAUGCCGCCAAAAAAUGUGCUUCUCAUUGUCUUGUGAAUUGUAGGAGGGCACACUGCGAAUAAAACGCACGUACGCCACGCGCACACCGCCCUUGAAGUUAACCCUCUCUUCGGACCUACGCAUGUGGGGUAGUCGUUAAAAAGGCAACUCCAUAUGAUGCAAGACAACUCCUUUUAUUCGCAGUCCUAGGGAGACUGCGAGGGCAACAUGCGCUGGAGGACGGCUUGACAACCAGCUAGAGAGUUGCCAGGAGCACUUCCCGUACCAGUAGAGGAGUCGCAGCCAGCGAAAUAGAGGGGCGCAACCAGCGUCAGUUAAGGAGACCGCAGCCAGCGGUCAGGAGGCGCAAGGAGCGCCAAGCACGGUGUCCGCAGCCAGCGGGCCAGAAGACGCAAGGAGCGUCAAGCAUCGGCGGCCACAGCCAGCGGCCAGGAGGCACAGGUGCCGCCAUUUUGGAGAGCGCUGAGGCAGCGCCAUAUUUGGACCUGUUGGGAUGCAGCAUUCCCCCAAGAGGAGUUCGCGGCUGAGAGGAGGGGAAGCCACCCCUACAGCAACGCGAGCGGAUCAGCAGCCAGCGAGUAGUGGAGCAGAAAACCGGCCGCGAGUGAACAUAACCUCAGCAGCGGCCAUUUCUAGCCCAGGCACUACGGUGACUACAGUAGCAUCCCAACCCAGGAGUACUGCUGUCACAGCUGCGAGUUCAGAGCCGGAGGUGAGCCAGCCCCUCACGUCGGGCCUUUUUAAAAGGAUUGCGGCGUUGGAGGAGGAGCUGAAGAAGGUUAAAACCCUGAACAGUGCGAGCACCGCCAAUUGCGCGCCAAUCGCAAUUGGCCCCAGCGCAGUGGAGCGUCAGGGCGGUCGCCAUCUUGAAGCGGACCGCCAUUAGCCACAUCUAACGGUGAGGCCUCAACUAACGGGUUAGGGCUGGUCCCACAUAGCGGUGUCGGUGCUAGCAGUGCGGCCUGCACGCUGCCGCCAUCUUGGAGUGGACCGCCAUUGCUAACGACUAGCAAUCAUCUUGUGGAGCCACAGUGUGCUACAAGUGUUGCGCAGACAGCGCAUGGAUUCGUGCUACCGGGCGGGAGCAUCCACAACGUGGCAACAGCAUCGCCAUUUGUCGGAUCCUACGCCUCGAUGACGCCGAAUGGAUUCCAAGGAGUGUAUGGGCCAAGGAGGCUUCCGGACCUGCCUGUAUUUGGAGGGCAGCCCAAGGAGUGGCCGAUCUUUAACUGUGCGUUUGUGGAGACGACCCAAGCAUACAACUGCACAGACUUGGAGAACAACCAGAGGUUGUUAAAGGCGCUGAAAGAUGAAGCACGCGAGACAGUGAAGUCGAUGCUGAUAUACCCUGGGAACGUCAGCGCCGUGAUGGAGCAGCUGCGCUUUAGGUUUGGCCGACCGGAGCAGCUUAUAUGCAGCCAGCUAAACAGCGUGCGAGAGGUGCCGCCGAUUUCGGAGCAGCACCUGGCGAGGAUCGUUCCCUUCGCAACCCGAGUGAGUAACCUCACGGCCUCCUUCCAGUAAGCGAAGGCGGAGCAGCACCUGCGGAACCCAACGCUAAUGAAGGAGCUUGUGGCGAAGCUUCUUACGAGCAAGCGAGUAGACUGGGCCAGGCACAGUGCAUCGAUCAAGCCCUUUCCCACUGUAGCGCACCUCAGCGCGUGGCUACAGUAGUACGCAAACGUCGUGUAUGGUUUUGGACGUCGAGGGAAAGGAGCCGAGGCGUCGAGUUCUGCGUGCGAGCGUCGACCAGAACGGAUGCGAUCAACAGGAUGAUCGGCAUGGAGGUUGUCCAAUCUGUGAUGGGCAACAUGCUGCGACGAGCAGCAGGGAGUUCAUUGGAGCUUCGCCACCGGGAUGGUGGGGCAUGGUGAAGAGGCAUCGGCUCUCCUUCACAUGCUUACGGAGUGGACAUACGACCAGAUCCUGCGAUGUACAUGGCGAGUGCCAGAUCAACGGAUGCCGCAGAUUGCUUCACCGUCUGCUACAUGGCGCGGACGAGGAGCGAAGAUGGCCGGCGCAGCGAGGUGGCUUCAGGAACCACAACGGAGGAAUCCAGCAGUCGGCAGUUUCCAGACGCGGCCCGGACAGGAGGUCUUCGCCACGAGUCGGCUGUCCCCAGAAACAGCCGAGAGAAGAGAGAACAACAGAGAGAAGGGCCCCGCAGCCAGCGGAGGCGCCGUGCGUUGACGCCGAGGGAGGCCGACAUUUGUUCCGUAUACUGCCAGUAACGCUGUACGGAGCUGGUCGCCAGGUGGACACAUACGUCUCUUGGAUGAAGGAUCCUCCGUCACGAUGAUCGAUGACGAGCUACGGAGGGAUCUGGGAGUGCGAGGCGAACAUCGACAGCUGAAUAUUCAAUGGUUUGGAGGAAAGGCCAGCAGAGAGCCCAGCAACGUGGUGAGCCUGGAGAUAAGUGGAGCUGGGAAGCCCACUCGCCACGCUUUGAGGAACGUGUACUCCGUUUCGAGCCUGAGUCUGCCGAUGCAGACGAGAUGUCCAGGGCGUGCAUAGGGAUACGCGUCUGCCGAUGAAGCCCUACAUUAAUGUGGUGCCUAAGUUGCUCAUCGGACUGGACCACGGACAUUUGGAAUUGCCAUUUAGGACGAGGCGGUUUGCCAGAGAGGGACCGUAUGCGGCCGCAACCGAGCUUGGAUGGGUUGUGUUUGGGCCAGUAAGUGGGCAAUCGACUGCGCCGUCACCGAGGUCCUGCCUACUAGCCGUGUCAAUGGAUGAUACGAAGAAACAGAUGGUGGAGGACUACUUCGAGAUGGAAAGCUUUGGUGUGAAGCUCGAUCCACAAGUCGCAGCCAGCGAUGGCGCGCGGGCACAAAGGAUCCUCAAAGACACCGCUACCAGGCGGGAUUACUCUGGAAGGACGACUACGCUGUGCUGCCACGGAGCUACGAGAUGGCGCACAGACGGCUGAUCAACCUCGAGAAGAAGUUUCUUGGACGUUGAUGCACUAUGGUCAGUACAAACAAGUGGCCCUUACGACACCAAGCAAAGCUUGUUACGCGCGGAGCCCUAAACCGAUUUGGGCAAGUAAACGAAAUCGCGGACAUGGAAAAAGACGACAUAACAAUAGACAGUUUAAAAUACAUGCUCACAUAGAAUGGCUAGUAAAAUAGAAAUUUACAAGUUAUUGGAAGAUAGAAAAUACAUAAGUUUAUCAUAAUUAGUUGCAUUAGGGCUAUCAAACAGUAAGACGUGACACAGUGCAUUGUAGUCGUCACAAAGAACCCGAAAAGGAUCAUGAAGGGCAUAAUUGGAUCUACAAAUUGGCAGAGACAACGAACGAAAACGACGAACUGUUCUACAGGGUACAUUCCAGUUGAGGGAGCUAAGAAGGAAGGGAGAGUCAACAUCACCAUUAAUUCAUUUAUGCAAAAACAUAACUCCAUGACACUUUCUACGAUGGUUCAGGGUUGGUAAGUCCAGC